CCCAGUGGAGGCUGCAGCAUCCACCUGACGUGGGGAUCAAUCAGUACCUUACCUUACUCGCAAUGGUCAGAGCUUCCAGGUUCCCAGGCGGAGCGGAACUUCAGGCGCCGACCUCCUCGUAGUUGUAACUCCAAUCAUCAACUCAGCGCCAUCAACACCAACAAGAGGGACGCGUAAACACAAGUCCACAUUCAUCAAGAUGGCCUCGCAAGCAGAUUACAAGGACCGUCAAUUCCUCGCGGUCAUCGGCGACGAAGACUCCGUAACAGGCCUGCUUCUCGCGGGUAUCGGCCAUGUGACUACAGGCGCCGAUGCUCAGAAGAACUUCCUCGUUGUUGAUGGCAAGACCGACACAGCUGCUAUUGAGGCCGCGUUUGAUCGAUUCACUGAGGAUCGCAAAGAUAUUGGCAUCGUACUCAUCAAUCAACAUAUCGCCGACCGAAUCCGACAUCGCAUUGACACCUAUACCGCGGCUUUCCCUGCUGUGUUGGAGAUCCCAAGCAAAGACCACCCCUACGACCCUGAGAAGGAUAGUGUAUUGAGACGAGUGCGACGCCUUUUUGGAGAGUAGGGGACGUCGUUUCACUGGGCGCAAGGAUUUGUUUCGGGAUAAUGGAGCGAGCAUGGUAUAGAGGCAGCAGUGAGCAUGGCCGUACAUGAUUUGAGGCCAGCAUUGCGUUUUUUCUUCUUCUUCGACUUCAUGUUGUGCAGGGCAGUUCCUAUUACACAGAUGCAGGGUAGAGUACGAUGCAAUGGACUCAUUAUCAGAUAUGCUAAAUAGAUUUAAAGCCGCUGCAGGUUGCUCGAGAAGAGCUAGAAGAUUCGCCAAACCAAACGUUAACCGAGAACCCCAUGAGAACGUG